GGCCCUUCCUGGCAAGAUGAAUCCCACCAGCUUCUUCCUCCUUACAUUGCUCCUGGUUCUGGUGACAGAAGCAGCUGCGAGGGGACCCCGUGAAAAGUUCUCACAAUCAUCUGAAGAACAUUCUAGUGAAAUCUCUGAAGUCGGCGGGAGCAGUGGUGGAUCAAGUUCUGCCAAUGAGGAAUACAGCCGGAGUGAGAGCUCAUGGAGUUCCUUCAAAUCAAAAAAUCCCAAAAGUGGCUUCAGUGAGGAAGGCUCAUGGAGUUCCUUUAAAUCAAAAAAUCCCAAAAAUGGCUUCAGUGAGGAGGGCUCGUGGAGUUCCUUUAAAUCAAAAAAUCCAAAGAGCAGCGUCAGUGAGGAAGGCUCGUGGAGUUCCUUUAAAUCAAAAAAUCCAAAGAGCAGCGUCAGUGAGGAAGGCUCGUGGAGUUCCUUUAAAUCAAAAAAUCCAAAGAGCAGCGUCAGUGAGGAAGGCUCAUGGAGCAGCUUUAAGUCAAAAAGUGCAAAGAGCAGUGUCGGCGAGGAAGGCUCUGAUGGUGACAGAGCCAGCGAGUCUGCAGGGGAAAUAGAGCGGUCUUACACACGGAGAAAGGAAAAGCAACGGUUUGGACAAGAAGUAGCUAAGUGAUACGGCCAUGGACCAGCUGAAGAUCCGGAUCAAUACAAAGGAGUCACCUUGUCUGAAUGAAGCCUGUGAUAUCUUCAGGAUGGAGACUCCUGUGGAUUUCGAUUCUUUCUCAUACUUGUUUUUCUUUUUUUGAGGUUCUCAACCCCAGCAUUUAUUAAAACACUUUCUUUCCAAUAAAAAGACAACAUUCUGCAUCAAA